GCCUCUGGAAAGCGGGCCUGCUGGGAGAGGAGGAGGAGGCUUCUUGCCCCUCCAACCGUGACCUCCCAUGGACACCAAGACACAGAGCCCUCCCAUCACCCACACUCAGACCCUCAGCAGCUCUCGGCCCCAAAACCACACCUGCAGCCAGUGCAAAUGUAGCCGUCACUGCCAGAACUGCAGCCCGAACUGUAGCCGCUGCCAGAACCGCAGCCGCAGUCGCAGCCGCAGCCGCAGUCGGAGUCGCAGCCGCAGUCGGGGCCCAAGUGGCUCCCGUGGCCCACCCAGCCACCAGAGCCAGAGCCCGAGCUCCAGCCUCCCGCCAAGGCACCACAAACAGACCAUGUACUCGCACGUGCGGUCCACCACCCACUGCAGCAGCUGCCCCAGGAACAGAAAGAGCUUGGAUGGAAAGGUGAACAAGAGAAAGAUGGUCAGGAAAGGUCAUCAGGUGUACAAGACCAAGAAACGAAGCUCAGGGCGCAAAUGCAACUGAUGAGAAGGCUCUCCCUGGCUUGUUCCUGUGCCAGCUGCACCCAAGUGAGGAACGCCACCUCGCACGAAAUCUAGGACAAAGUCAAUCUUUGCAGGAACAUGCUACCACGGUGAUUUCUAUGCAACUAUGAUUAAAGCUUGUACACCGGAGGACUAA